GUUUGUUUUUAUAAGCAAUCCACACCUGUGACUGACGAAUUGAAAUUUUGAUCCUUCCUUCAAAAUUUUACCUUCUUUUUCGCAUUUUUUGUAUUAUGUUUACGUAGAAAGGCUGUAUAAAUGGUAGCAAAGAUGCUUCGGGCUUUUCGUUUUGCCCUUGUGGUGUUUUUUGUGGCGGGAAAUUGUGAAAAAUUAAGUAAACGAAUGAUAAAUGAAGAUGACUUGCCCACAAAUGAUGAUACGACAAGAGUUAAAAAGGUAAUUUAUAUUCUUUUUAUUCGUUAUUUGUUGAAUUUAUAUAUUUGUACUUGUUUUAUAUGGGUAGCACUAGAUUGUUUACAUGGCGACAUUAAAACGGUUAGAUAGAGCUAGGGAAUUUAUUGAUUCUUUAAACUAUAGCCAGCUAGGGGUCAAUAAACUUGCAAUAAAUUUAUUGUAAGUUUAUAUACUGUUAUAAAUUUCUAACAUUAUAGGGCACACCAAAAGUCACUGAAAUAUCUGCAUUAUAUAGCCAUUCAAAUAGUUGCCAUGUAACAAAUUUGAUACUCAUUUAUAAUACACUUUUUAAUGUAAAAUUACUCGUCAUUGGGAGACACUGGUUGAACUGACCAAUUUAAACUGGUUGUCUCAGACGUAUUAAUUUAAUCAAUUUUUAUUGGUUAAAACAACCAACAAAUUGGUUAAUACAACUCAAAAAAAUGGUUAAAACAACCAAUAUUUUGCCGUGAAGAGAUGCAUCUGAGACAACCAAUUUGAAUUGGUUAUUUCAACCAAUCUUUUUUUACAGUACGACUGAAUGUGACCUCGUUCCCAUCUGUAUCUUAUUAGACAGAUUUAGAUCGAGGACGCGAACGUCAAAGACGACGUGAAAAUGGCGUUGCAUAUCCAUACAUGGGCACAACACGCCAUUUUCACGUCGUCUUUGACGUCCGCGUCCUCGAUCUUAAUCUGUCUAUUUGUUCUUACUCUGUCUAACUCCAGUAAAUUUUAAUCGUUAUUUGGUGUCCUUGUAUCAAAUGUCACAUAUAGGGUUAAUUACACCUAUUUAAUUAAAUUAAUCUGGCUGACCCUACUUUUUGAGUAGGGACAGCCGGGAAAGUCACAUGAACGGUUGAUUCUGUUACUGUUCCGAAAAUCUGAACAGUAAAUGGAACAGCCUGCUGUAGAAACCAUCAAUGAUGGUUCUUACUUUACUGACAUCUUUCAUGUUUUCGCAGAUGAUAGCACCAGGUUACUAUACCCAGGAAUGUAAUUCACAGAAGAAAUGUGAGAAAGGAAAAUAUUGCCACAUGUUUUUAUGCGUGGAUUGUCUUAAAGAAAAUGUCGCGUGCACUCAGAAUGGUCAGUGUUGUGUCGACCAAGGAUUAUUCUGUGUCUACGGGCGGUGUAAGGCUGGAGCCUCCAAGGGUGCCGCUGGUAAGUGCAGGCUAAAAAUUUAACAUAGAAUAGGCAAUAGACCUUAUCCAUCAUGACGUCACAAGGCUUCAUGCCCGCGAAGAAUGCUGGUAUUAGUAGUCAUCGCCCGGGAAAAUUUCUAUAGUGGCCAGUUGAAUUGUUUAAUUUUCUCGGGCGAUGACUACUAAGACCAGCAUUCCUCGUGGGCAUCAAGCCUUGUGACGUCAUUAUGCAUAAGGUCUAUUCCAGCUUUUAGUUUAUGCGUGCAGGGGACGAUGGGAAGUAAGGUAUCAUAUUGCUAUUUAUGCUGGAAAAAUAAAAAUGGUGGCCAUGUAAACACGGAAGCUGUGGUCAUGUAAACAUGGUAGCUUAUACUUGAAAUAUUGAAAUGUUUCGGCAGUUUUUAUUGAAAUUGUUCAGCAUAAUCAGCAAUAUGAUACUUUACUUCUCGUCACCUCCUGCGCGCAUAAAUUAAAAGCUGGAAUAUUGGUCGUUGUGUUUUAUACUAAUACUAAAGCCUGGUUUAGACUAUCAAAGUUUCUGUGAGCAUAGUAGAAAAAUUCUAAGUUUUGAAGGAUUUGUAAGAAAUAUUUGAGGGAACUGACUCAGCAUUUAACACUGAGUUAAAUUUACCUAUGCAAAAUUCCUACUGUGAUCACAGAAACUUUGCUCAUUUUCAUCAAAAUUCCCGAAUAUUUUCUAGGAACAUUCUGCGACCGACAGAGUGACUGCAAGGAACCAGAAACGUGCUGUGUUCGUGAGCCAGCCAUUAAUCCUGCGAUCUCUGUAUGUAAACCUGGACUGGAUGAACAUCAAACAUGCGGGCCCUACAAUCAAUACAGGGCGGUAUAUAUUGGAGGAACUGUGCAGGCGGCGUGCGGGCCAUGUAAAUCUGAUCUGACCUGCAAACAAGUUGGGUGAGCGAUUUAUUAUAUCUUUACAUUUGAAUAAUGGAUAAUCGUCCUUCGAACUCAAUUUUGACGACCUUUGAAAAACUCACUUGUACAUGUUUUUCCCCAAAUCGCACUCGAAACCAUAGCUCGACAACUUGACUCUGUAGCUCAGUUGGGUAGAGCGCUCCACCGGAAUCGAUGGGGCACAGGUUCGAUUCGUACCAGAGGGCCUAUGGUUGCAUUUUUCGCAACUGUUCCUGGUUAGAUGUAAAAAAUGUAUAAAUUUCCAUCUAUCGAGUCCUUGUAGAUGCGCAAUAUGAUAUUAUACACUGAAAUUGAAACCCGUGUCUUUGUUGUUUUAGAAUCUUUGGUGUGCACCAGAUAUGUCUUCCUGCCAAGCCAGCAGGAAAAUAAGAGCCGAGAAAAGAGAAAUGAAAAGAUAACUGGGAAUGAACAAAAGUAUAAAGAAAAGAACAAUGUUUGGCAAAAAGGAAUAGUGCCAUUCAAAAUCGAUGUCUUUCUUUGAUGGGGCCAUUUCUUACUCUGGUACAAAUUCCAGAAUGUUGAACAUCUGAUGAAAGUUUACAAGUAAACUUUUGCGCAUCUCUAACCAUUUUAAAAGAUGGAAUUUUAGGAAACACUUUUAUGUAGUCACUAUGUGAAUCUGUAUGUAUAAUCAUAAAGACAUGUUUAUAACUGAUCGGUUUCACUGCCAAUGGAAGUAAUAGAUGAAGACGAAUAUAUUAUUUUGUUUUAGCAAUUGAAUAUUACGGUAGUAGUAUAUGCUUGCUCAUCUGUACAAUAUGUUUGUUUUUUAAAAAAAUGUUGAUGAUGCCAUGUGUAGACCAUCUGCUAUGUUGGCUAAAGUAAAUUUUUUAGUUGUUUAUGUUAUAGGUGGCAAAAUUGCAAAAAUAUUCGAG